UUUCCUCUGCUGAACAAAUCAUUACUGAGGGAGAAAGCAGCACUCAGGCUGCAGAGCUGAGAGCUGUUUGGAGUGUUUUCCAGCGUGAGGCACAGAAUACCUCUCCUGUCUGUAUCUACACUAACUCCUAUGCUGUGUUCAAGGGAUAUACUAAGUGGCUUCCUUUUUGGCAACAAAAGGACUGGGAAGUAAACAGAAUUCCAGUAUGGCAAAAGGAAAAGUGGCAAGAAAUUCUACGCUUUCUGCUGGUGAUGAUGUUUCAAUACGCUGCAGACUGAGUACCAGAUCCCACACUGAGCCUGUACACAGUCAAGUUGCCGGAUCUCGUGGCCAGGUUAUAUCUUGUGAAACUCGGAAUCAAGAUUGUUGGCUGAAUUUAACGGCUGUACAAUUGUCCUCCAAAGUCGUGUGUGGUAAAAACAAUACCAAAUAUUGGGGAGAGCUUAAUGUUCAGGUUGUACUACCUACCACACAGCCACCAAUUAGAUUGACUCCAAAAAUUUCUGAAAUUGGACCCUAUGUAAUCAGGAAAACUGGCCAACAACAAAUGCUAUUUAAUCCAGCAUGGUCUAUCAAACAAGUCAAAUUACUAAUGCAAAACAAUGUCUCAGAGAUUCAGCCAGCUUGUUCACCUUUUUUGCAAACUUCCUUUGAGGGGUGGACAACCUGGUUGCGAAAGCGAAAUUCUUUUCACAAACGGAUGACAAGAGAUAUAACCGGUGUCGUGGGAUCAGGACUAGGAAUUUUGAAUAGUAUUGAUUCAGAAGUACUGAUGAAUAAAUUGGCUGUUGCAACUAAAGAUUUGACCAAAAUACAACAACCACUGAGGUCAUCUUUAACUGCUUUGGGAACCCAACAGUGGUUGCUAUCAAACAUAUUACCAAAUUGGGAAAGGGUAAACGUAGAUGAUCACAAAUUAAUAAUUGAUGCACUCAGUGCUACCCAAAACAAUGUUUCUCUGGCUCUUAGCUGUAUUCAGGCCCAGUUGUGGAU